ACAAAUAAGCGCAUCAAUGCAGAAUGCAAGUACUGGUCUUCUUGUGGCUUCUCCCAUCAUGCUACUGCUCGGAAUGGAACGUGCAAGGAGGACUCUUCGGAUCGGUCCAGUCAAGUGGGGUGAAAGCGAAACUUUUCUGUAAUGAUAAACCGUUUACUAAAGCGGAAUGUUCUAUGUACGAUGAGGAUAUCACUGUUGAUGCUUGGCUGGAUGGACCUCACAAACCGGAUUCACUGGGAACAUGUGUCGUUGAAGGCACCAAAAAAGAGAUAAGCCAAAUAGACCCAUACAUCUUUAUCAGGCAUUGGUGCAAUCGAACGAAGACGUCUCCUAUUGAUAUCUGCAUAGACGUUCCAUCAGAAUAUAUAUACAGUGGAUACAAUGCAAAGCAAUUCUAUUAUUUCGAAUUGGAGCUUACCACGGCGAGGGGAAGCAAAAAGUGUCGAUGGCUAAGAUAAGACAUGUGUUUAUGUUUGUCAUAUCCCAUAAACAAGUUUCAGA